AACUGCUAGCACAUGUGACAGGGUACACCAAGUUCAAGUGUGAAAACACAGAACAAAAUUCCUAUUUUAAAAUUCCUAUGGCAGUCACUUCUGUGCUGAGGCAUUAAAUUACUCCGAAGCUACUCCUGCUGGUACUGGAUCUGUAACAUGUGAUUGCUAUUCGUGCAACGAGCAAAUCAGUAAUCAAGAACCAUGGUAGAAGUACUUAAUAACAGCAGAAAAGCAGGAAUCUGUGGCAGAAUCGUCCUUUGAAAACUGUGGAAAAUGUCCUAGCACUUUUCUUCAGUGAGCAAAUUCAAGACAUGGGGCCAAUGAAAUAUAAAUCAAGUGUAUCCUCGGUGUCCUGUGGCCUGCAAUAUCAUCAUUUUAUGAUAAAGUGCUGUCAAAAAAUGAAUUUACACGUAGCGCGAACUUACUGUUCCUCAGGACCUAAGCAGCCUGAAGCCAAGUCAGCGAUAGAAACGGCCAGGGGUCUUCUCAGUCGACUGACUGAAACUGGGACUGUUAUGGGGAAAAACUCCCUUCACAAAAUAUCUGCAACGGGCAGGAGUUGGUGGGACAAAUAUGAAGAGUUUGUUGGUAUUAAUGAAGUUCGAGAGGCUCAGGGAAAAGUGACAGAGGCUGAAAAUGUCUUUAUGAUAGCUCGAGGCAUAGUACGAGAGGCUCGUGAAAAUGUGGAAGCCCAACAGACUAAACUGAAGGAAAUUCGGGACCGCUUAGACAGGGUCUCUCGGGAUGACACCCAGUACUUAGAGCUGGCUACUCUGGAACACAGGUUGCUGCAGGAAGAGAAGAGAUACCGAGCCGCCUACUUAAAUGCAGAAGAAUCUGAGCGAGAAAAAUUCUCUCUCUUCUCUGCAGCUGUAAGGGAAAGCCACGAGAAAGAGCGGACAAGAGCUGAAAAAACAAAGAACUGGUCUAUUAUUGGCUCUGUACUGGGAGCCAUUAUAGGUGUUCUUGGAUCCACUUAUGUGAAUCGAGUAAGGCUGCAAGAAUUAAAAGUCUUGGUGCUUGAAGCACAGAAGGGCCCAAUAAACCUGCAAGAAGCCAUCAAAGAACAGGCCUCCAGCCAUUACUUGCAGCAGAAGGAUCUCAGUGACGUCAUAGCAGACCUGAAAAACAUGCUGCAAGCAAGGACAUCACAGGAAACAAAAGAAGGUGCUUUGUUAGCAAGAGGAGACAGGAAUGACUCCAUAAAGAUAGAUUCUCUUUUAAUUCCUUUAAAGGAACAGCUAAACUACACUAAACAAGUCAGUUCAUGUCUUGGGAAUUUACAACAGCAGUUUAACAGUCUGCAGGAAAGUAUAGCACAAAUAAUUUCUGACAUGCAGAGCGUUAAACUUGCAGUUCAUUCUAGGCCUAUGGAAAGAGCCAUGCCAAGGUCUUCAGCAGAGGUUAAGGGACAGGCUUCUGCUGUGAGAGAUGUGAUCUUAGAACUGUGUGACACAGAGCGGAGACUGGAAUCACAAAUCAAGAGAAAUUCUAUUUACAGCACUGCAAUCACAUGUACUGUGUUUGCUAUUACUCUGCCAGUACUCUAUAUUAUACUUAAAGGAAACUGAUCUCUAACUAAUUGCUGUAAUUUACUAGAUUAAUAAAAGUAAGCUUGCACUCUAAGUACCUAGAGGACAAGUCCGCAUAAAUUUGUGCUAGUGUUUCUUGUUAUGCUUUCUGCUGUACAGUUGGAAAACUCGUAAAGGCUGUCCAGCUGCUGCUGCAGGCUCCAUGCUAAGCCUUUCACUUGCAGUGUGUCUUUUAAUUCCUGAAGUGAAGGAAAUUGUAUUGCUUCAUCUGUUGACUUCAUUCACAGUUUCGUUCUGCAGUCUCGUACUGCAUAUCAUGCCAAUCGGUGACCUUCAUUCCAGAGCUGUACUUGUGAUUUUCAGUUCAAAUGAUUCUUUUAAUCUAGCAUUGAUCAAAGUGCUUCAUGUGUAAUCCUUUAUAAUUUAACUCCUGAUUUGUUCAUAAUUUUGCAGUUUGUCUAUACACAGAACGUUAGGAGUCCUUUUACUAAUCGGGUAAAUAUGUAUGCCCUUACCUGUUUGGUUUUUAUUCUGCAUACAAUGCGAUAGUUUGCUAUAUAACAAACAGCAGGGGCAAUGUAAACCAAGACUGAAGUUAUCAUGGUAUAAAAUAUAGCUUCGUGAGUCUGUACAGCCAGAUAGUACAUUUAAAACAUGAUUAAAUUACAUGUGGUAGCUUUCUCCUAGAACUGUGUAUAACAAAGUGUCCAAAAACAUUUCUGGAGCUUUAGCCAUGUUAGUUACAGCUCUGUGCCAUUGAAGGCUAAUAGGCAGGGAAAGUGAAAAAGGAUUCAGAUAUAGAUGUAUUAAGUAUGGCGAUGUUUAUUCUGCAGGUGCAAGCCAAUUGUCCUUUCCCUACAGCCUCCUUAACCCAUCAUUCACUAGCCAUUUUGUGGUUGUGGUAAUCAUCUAUGAAGCAAUCACUUUCUUAUCCCUCCUAGUAUUUUUUAUUGGAACUGUUUUCAGUUUUUAUUCUUUCAGUUUUGUCCUGCCUGGAAAUUAAAAAGCUGUUCUACAGCAGGUGUUUGUAAGAUGGUACUUGAAUGGUAACAGUGCUAUGCAAACUACUCCAAAAUAAUAUUUGGGAAGAAGUGAAAAGUCCAGCUGCUUCAUUUUCUUGGAAGGGAUGAAGAAUGGCAGAACGAAGAAAAACGCUGUCUUAACAGCUAAACGUCAGCAUCUCUAUGGCCAAACAUAAAGUUGUUAGUUUCACUGUGAUAAUUAAUAGUUUUCUCCCUGUGAUGGUAGCAGAUAAGCAAACCGAACUUGGAACUCUUGCUCUACUGGGCACUGUGAAACCUUGGCAAGGGGCUGCCAACCUGACUUCACGCUCCAAUGCCUUUGUGUAAGCAUUUCACAAUGACAAAGUUGUUUAGUAUACACUCUAUGUUUUGUUGUUGUUGUUUUUUCUGUCAGUCCUUUCUUCUGCUUAGUAACCAUAUGAAAACAGUUUGGGGUUUUGAUUGUAAGAUCUCUGGGAUAGGGACGUUUGCUUGAUGAGGCACCAACUUCAUUUGCUAUCGUUAGUGCUACUAUAAAUGUUGGAAUAAACAGCAUUAGGAAAGACCUGUGAUGAUUCACAACUUGUAAGAGAUGAAAUAUGCAACAGGUGGUUUUGGGAAGGACUGCUGCUGAUUAUUUAUAUAUUGAUUAUUUUGCGUGUAAAGUGAACAGGCGUUUGUCAGGGAAGCUGUUUGAUCUGAUGGCUUGAGACCUGGGAUAAAAGUUCUCAUGCAUUUAGCUGCAUCAAGAAGUGCACAUAGAUUAAUGCGAUUUUUCAAAUCUAGCAUUUCAUUUUCUCAUUUAAUGAAUGUUUCUGCAAGUUCUACUUCUUGCAGGAGAGUGAUGAAAAUCAGAGAAGUAUGUAAUUAAAGGGGAAGGGAUAGUACAAUGGUUCUAUUUGUAGUUUGCCAACAGUAGUUGCUGAAUUUUAUUCUUUUUUUUUCUGGUUUAACUACCUAAUGUCAUGCCCCCUUACUAGGUAAAUGGCUGAAUUUUAAAUAUUCAUCCCUGAAAAACAUGGAUUGUAUAUGUGAGCAUGAUUUCAAAAUGCUGAAUGUUAGGUGGCAAAACAUGAAAGUAAAGGCAACGUUACUCACUGAAAUGUCUUUUUGACUAACAUCAGAAAAUGAGUAGGGAUCUGAGGUUAAACUUAUAUAUGAUAAAUAAAGAACAGGAAAACCAA